AUGCCGAAAAGUGUUGCUGUCAUCGGGGCUGGCCCCGGCGGCGCUAUUACAGUUGAUGCACUAGCACAAGAGAAAGCAUUUGAUGUCAUUCGUGUUUUUGAUAGACAAGAACACGCCGGCGGGUGUUGGGUGUCUAGAGAGGAAGAGCCGCCUCGGUCAUUUGAUUUUGAUGCACUUUCUGCUCGGACAGCAGAUGCUCCACUUCAAAUCCCCGAGAAGCUCCCAUGUUGGACGCCAGUCAGCUUUCAGGACCGGUUCAUGGAUUCUCCCGUGUAUCCGGGAUUAGAGACCAACGUGGACGCAGGAGCCAUGUCAUUUUCUCAAGAGGUCAUUCCUACAGUCCGCUCGCAAUGGUCAAUUGAGCGUCAUGGUGAAGAUACACCAUUCAGACAUCACACGGUGAUCCGGAAGUUUAUUGAAGAUCUGUUCUACCGGAAGGGCUAUCAGGAUCUUGUCCAGUAUAACACGACUGUUGAACGCGCUAUUAAAGACCCUCAGACUCAGAAAUGGGUGCUGACAUUAAGACGAACGGAAGACCAUAACGGCACUCGUUCUGAUUACUGGUGGUCCGAAGAGUUUGACGCUGUCGUUGUGGCCACGGGCCACUACGCUGUGCCCUGGAUCCCGGCAAUUGCAGGAUUGCAAGAAUUUGCAGAGAGGUAUCCUGGCAGUGUGAUACACACAAAACAGUACCGCGGCCCCGAGAAGUACUCUGGAAAGAAAGUGAUCACCGUCGGCGCGUCGGUGUCUGCCGCGGACACAGCAGUGAGCUUGGUUGACAGCGCGCAAACACCAGUGAUCGCCGUUGUACGUGGUCGUUACAACACAUACUUUGGAGACUUGGCCUUCCAACACCCCAGGAUUCAGCGUCGCACGCCUAUCUCGCACAUCACAAGUGAUGACCAAGGCGAGCGCACUGUGCACUUCGAAGAUGGGACCGCUGAGACCGGUGUGGAUCAUAUAAUCUUUGGAACUGGCUUCAGUUGGACACUACCUUUCUUGCCACAAGUCGCGACACGCAACAAUCGGGUUCCCGAUUUGUACCAGCACGUCUUCUACCGACAUGAUCCAACGCUAGCCUUUGUGGGCGCGGUCGGUGCUGGUCUGACCUUCAAAGUCUUUGAAUGGCAGGCAGUCGCGGCUGCUCGUGUGUUGGCUGGCAAGGUGUCUUUACCGUCUGUUGCGGAACAGGAGAAGUGGGAAACCGACCGGAUCGCCGAGAAGACCGACGGUCCCGCAUUCACAGUUCUCAAUCCCGACUUUGAAGCCUACUUUGAGACUCUCCGGGCGCUUGCCGGCGAACCCAAGGACGGUACUGGACGCCGUUUGCCUCAAUUCGAGCAAAAAUGGCUCGAUGAUUUCAAUGAAGGCGCAGAGCGUCGCAAGCAAAUGUGGCGGAAAAGUAACGCGGCCGCUCGAUUGUAA